AUGGAUAUGUCAAAAACAAAACCCAAAAUUGAUGUCGUGUCCGAGAAGGACGGUGAGAAGUCGGUGCCCGCGAAGGGCGGAGAGAAGUCGGUGCCCGUGAAGGGCGGUGUUAGUAAAAAGAAGUCGGAAGUGGAGGUUCUGAAAGAGUGCUCCGUUGUACUGGGCGAGGAUGUUGUGGAGUUGGGUCGCCGUCGCACUCGUCACAGCUUGUUGAGGGCGGUUGCGGGCGAGACCGACUGCGGGUCUUCGCGGUCGAGCUUGUGCGCAUCCCCAAUUGAUGAAGGCAUGGAGACGGAGCAGUUGCCGUCAACAUCUGGACUACGCUCCUGGCGCAAAAGGCGUCUUAACGAGUCCGAUACGGACUCCACGGUCGAGGAUGAGGGCGAUGUCCAAUCCGUCCGCAAAAGGUCCGGCAGCCCUAGAGUGGGAUCGAGAGCCAGUUCGAUCGCUAGAAAGAAGGAGGAGUGUCGGCAAUUCAUAUACCGAUUCUUCGAAGAUGAAGGGACAGCCGCUGGCAAAUCUGGUCUGCCCCCAGUGACGGUCUUAGAUUAUCACGAGAGUGAUUUCUUUUCUUCCGGAGAUGAGGAGCCAGACAAACCGACGGAGCUGGACAGGCCGACGGCAUCUGGCGCCACUACCACCGCUGCCGCCGGUGACAAGAACAAAGUGGCCGAGGAGGUACUCCAUAGGGCGAAACUUCUCGUCCAUCGGCAAGCGGAUGCUCUUAGCGACGUCGUUAAGAAGGCGGGAAAUCUCAAAGGGACCACCAUAAGGACCCUGAAAGAGGGUUUGGCCGGGAUCACACAGGUUGUGGACACCUUGGAGGGGGAUCUAUUUCCGACGUCGGUCUCUCCACUGGUCUCAAAGAACCUGAGACUUGAGCAGGAAGUCGAGUACCUGCGUCGGCAGUUGGCCGAGGCUCGUGCUGCCAAGCCAGCUGCCAAGCCAGCGGCCCAGGCCGGUAUCUCGGCAGACGGUGUUCCUGUUGUAGGAAGUGAUGCGAGCGCAUUCCGUGCUCAAAUAAUGAGAGAUGUCGGCGGCAUCGUCCGCCAAAUGGUAGGGACAUUUAUGAAAGAGGUGAGAGAAAUGAUCUCCAUUCGCCCCCCUCCAGAGAAGGUGUCGUCCUCGUCUGCGGCCUCCACGCAAACUUUGCCCGAGGCCGCGACAAUGGCGUCAGAUGUGCCCGACACCCCUAGAGUCGGCGACCGGGGUUCUGUUCCCCAGUCAGAAACGGGUCGGGCCAAGAAGAAGAAGGCGAAGAAGACGCCCGUCUCACUGGCGCCCUCUGGACAGCCCGAGCCGGUGGCUUCGACCUCCGCUCAAACGUCUGUGCAGCCGACCGCGUCCACCUGGGCGACGGUCGUAACAGGAAAACGGGGCAAGACCGUCAGUGUUCCCGAAGGGCAGCCUGUGGCUGCGAACCCUCCGGUGACGAAAGCCGGUUCGGCCCCCUCGAAGAAGGCAAAGAAGACGAGCGCACCCUCGCCUUCUAAACUGAAACCGCCUCGCUCCGCGGCGGUGAUUAUUACGUUGGACCCGGAGGCGGAAAGGGAGGGUGUCGCGUAUGCGAAUGUCCUUGCGGAGGCCAAGAGAAGGAUCGAUCUCCGCGCAUUGGGGAUCGAAGAUAUGCGGUUUCGCACCGCGAUCACCGGCGGUAAGGUCCUAGAGGUCCCAGGUGCUGAUGGCGCGGAGAAGGCCGACGUUCUGGCGUCGAAGCUCCGGGAGUUCAUCCCGGAGAAUAUGGCCAAAAUCUCCAGGCCCGUAAAGUCCGCGGAGAUGCGGAUAUCGGGCCUGGACGACAGUGUUACGUCGGAGGAAGUGGCCGCUGCGGUUGCCCGGGAGGGCGGCUGUCAGGUGGACCAAGUGCGAGUCGGAGAGGUUCGACGUACUAGAUCUGGGGUGGGCACUUGCUGGGUUAAAGGCCCGUUGCAAGUCAGUUAA